AUGGACGCCGCCACCAAUGCAUUUACAACCGUCAAAUCCAAUGUGGGCGGCAGCAGCUCUCUCGAUGCCGUGGGUUUGAACAUUGCAGACGGCUACCUCUACGCCGUACAGGGCUCCGCGCCGUCCCGUCUUCUCCGGAUAUCGACGGCGGAUGGCUCAACACAGGACAUGGGCUCGCUGAAUUUGACAACGACAUACAAUACGGGAGUCGUGGACGAGAGCUCGCAGUACUGGAUUAUCAAUACCGCGGGUACGUCUUGGGUCCAAAUCGACCUGCGUCCGGGCUUGAGCACGUUUGGUCGGACCGUGGCCUCGGGAACUUCAGCGACGCCGGCCUACGCCGUCCAAGACUGGGCCUGGGUACCCGGGGCCAACGGUGGCAACUACCUCUACGGUCUGGGCUCGACCACAGGCCUCCUCGGCGGUACGUACCUGAUGCAAUGGAACCGGGCGACCAAGACGUGGGCCAACACGUACACGUACCUGAACAUUCUUGGCUUGCUGGAGGGCAGCACAGCCAACUGGGCGUCUGUGUGGGCCGGGCAGGACGGGACGCUCUUUGGCUACGACAAUGGUAGCGGACAGGUGUACAAUUUUGUUUUGCCCACUUCAGGAGCUCUGAACCUCAAUCUCCUGGCUGCGCAAGUGGCCACGGGAAGCAAGGCAUCGUUGUCUGAUGGCGCAAGAUGUGUAAGAGUCUUAAAUGGAUGA